AUGUUUGUAGGAGAAUUUGGCAAAAUAGUCCAUUGGGGACCGCUAACUGCUUUAGGAAUUAUUAAGAUUGUCACAGCCAUGACUAUACACUGUUCAAAUAUGUGGUGGCCAAGAAGUACUAUAGGUGGAAAACUUAAUUUUUUAGUUUUUGUGGGAUUCUCUGGUCUCACCUUAUAUAAUUUUCUGUCUUCUAUGUAUCAUGGUCCAGGCUAUUUAAUACUUAAUUGGAGACCUGAUAAAGAAGAGCAUUGCAAAAAUUUACAGUUUUGUUUAGAAUGCCAGGGUUAUAAAGCCCCUAGAUCACACCAUUGUCGAAAGUGUGGUCGUUGUGUUUUAAAAAUGGAUCAUCACUGCCCGUGGAUCAAUAAUUGCGUGGGCUGGGGUAACCACGCACAUUUCAUCUUUUUCUUAACGUUUGCAACUGCCGGAUGCCUGCAAGCCUCAGUGAUAUUGGGAUGUUGUUUGUAUAAAUCCAUACAUAGAGUAAGGUACUUUUAUCACGGAGAUACAUCAGUAAAUUUUGGUCUGUAUGGGAUGAUGUUAUGUGUUCUUUCACUUGGCUUGUCCAUUGGGGUGGUGGUAGCUGUAGGAAUGCUUUUAUUUUUUCAGAUUAGAGCUGUUAUGAAAAAUAGAACAGGUAUAGAAGACUGGAUUAUGGAAAAAGCCGUUGGUCGUAGGAAAGGAACGCAAGAACAAUUUCGAUUUCCAUACGAUAUAGGGAUCUGGAGAAACAUAGGUCAAGUAAUAAACUUUAGUUGUCAGCCUGUUGGUGACGGUAUCAUGUCUUGGCCAGUCGCCGAAGGAUGCCAUGAGUUUUCGCUUACUGUUGAACAAAUAGAACAGAAACAAGAAAAGAGGCUAAAAUCUAGAGUUUAUAAAAUUGUUAAGCCCGCUUCUGGAUAUUGGUUUCCUAUAACUUUCGGAAUAAGAGUUUGCUUAAAUUACCCAUUUAAUGAUGAGCCGAGAAUAAAGUUAGAUAUUGGAGAUUCUGUAGUAGUUACUAGAUGGAGAAGGCAUUGGCUUUUUGGUGAAAAAAUACAAGAAGUUCCGGCAGGACAGCCAGUUGAACGAAUUAAGGGGUGGUUUCCUAGGCGGUGUGCCGUUGAAGUAAUUGAAAACAGUAAUUCUCCAGCUUCCAACAACAGACAGAUUAAUGGUCAACAUUAUAAGAAGAAUAAAUAA